AGCGCUUGGUUACGUUGCUACAUUUGUCAAACGGGGUCGAGCUGUGGUGGAUUGGAGCUGGAGGUGCCGCUUGUGUUCGCCAAGGAUCGUGGCUGUGCAUCUUUUUACAGGUCAGAGGUACCGAGUGUUAAGGGAAGGCCACUAAAUCUGAUCUCUCACGUUCAACUUCACCAUUGAAAAAGAACUUCAUUACCCAGAGUCCUGUCUGAAAGUAGGAGGUACCAGACAUCAGGAGAAUACCUGGAGUGAUCAAGUAGCCUUGGGUGUAUACAAGUGAGAUUCAAACUUUAAACAGUGGCAGAUGAAUAUGAAGGUGGAGAAGAGAUAAGUUGAGGCAGCGACUGGGAGAGAGACAAAGUAUCUAAGCAGAGGAACAAUUUUAAAAAUUGGACAAAGAUCAAUUCUGAUGCAUUGGAAGUGUGUGGAACUAUCCUGCUGUUGGUUGCUGCUCUGUCUCCUCCUUGCUGCUGAAACUGUACCAAUCGAUAAAAUAAAGGUGAACAAAGUAGAAGAACCUGAGGUGCAGGCGACGGUUGAAAGUCCAGACACUGGGUUGUAUUACGAUCGCUACCUCCGUGAAGUAAUUGAUGUAUUGGAAACAGACAGACAUUUUCGGGACAAACUUCAGACAGCAAAUAUAGAUGAAAUAAAGAGUGGAAAAUUGGCUAAAGAACUAAACUUAGUGAGUCAUCUUGUGAGAACCAAAUUAGACGAAUUGAAAAGACAGGAAGUUUCCCGGCUACGAAUGCUUAUUAAAGCCAAAAUAGAUGCACAACAAGGUAAAGAUGCAGGAAUAGACCAUCAUGCCUUGUUGAAACAAUUUGAACAUCUCAAUCACCAAAACCCCCAUAGCUUUGAGCCAGAAGAUUUGGAAUUAUUGAUUAAAACUGCGACCAGUGACCUGGAAAACUAUGAUAAAGAACGGCAUGAAGAAUUUAAGCAAUAUGAGAUGCUGAAGGAACAUGAGAGGAGGGAGUACUUGAAAACAUUAGAUGAAGAAAAGAGGAAAGAGGAGGAGGCUCGGUUUGAUGAGAUGAAAAGGAGACACCAGGAUCACCCAAAAAUUAAUCAUCCAGGAAGCAAAGAUCAGUUGAAAGAAGUCUGGGAGGAAACGGAUGGCCUCGAUCCUGAAGAUUUUGAUACCAAGACCUUCUUCAAACUGCAUGAUACUAAUGGUGAUGGAUUCUUGGAUGAGCAGGAGAUGGAAGCAUUAUUUACCAAAGAGCUGGAGAAGAUUUAUGAUCCUAACAAUGAGGAAGAUGAUAUGAUAGAGAUGGAGGAAGAACGGUUGAGAAUGAGGGAGCAUGUUAUGAAAGAGAUUGAUACAAACAAAGACCGAUUGAUAUCUGUUGAUGAAUUUUUAACUGCUUCUGAAAAGAAGGAGUUUGUGGAUGCAGAUAAUUGGGAGACUCUAGAUGAACAGGAGCUUUAUUCAGAAGAUGAGCUGCAAGAGUUUGAAAGACGACUGUCUCAGCAGGAGCAUGAACUGCAAAUGAAAUCCGAUGAUCUUUUGAAACAGCGUGAAGCACUGCAGCUUCAACAAGACCAGUUGCAAGCUCAGAAAUUUGAGUUCCAGCAGGCUGUACAGCAUCUGGAGCAGCAAAAACAGACACAGCAGGCUCAUCCUCCAGCAGGACCGAACGGAGAACUCCAGUUCCACCAAGAAAAAGAACACGCAGCUCCUCCAGGAAAUGUGCAAGCUAUGCCUCCAGGCCAUGAUCAGCCACAAGAUUUAAACCAACCAGCACCUGGUCAAGAUCAACCUCAACAAUAAUCACUGUGCUUCCAGGAUUUGGACUGGCACAUGAGUUCCUGAUUGGCUUUUUGGGUCCAAAUGAUCAUUACUCCAAUCCAAUAAUGUUUUUAUUGCUGUUUAUUCCUGUUAAUAUUGCACAUUACGCAGAGACCACUGACUGCAAGCAUUUUCUUCAAGGGGUUACUGAAACACUUGUGCAGAUAUUUCAUUAUACAACAAAAGUGAUUUACUUAUGAUAGUGAGUAGAAUUCACUUGAAAGCCCUAAACUGAGAUCUGAACUGAUUACUUUUGAAUUGUAAUAGAAUAGAAUAGCUGCAACUGAGCAUCUGGAAAAAUAUUUUCAUCCUGUUGUUGUAGUUCCUUUGUGGGAUAUUGGAGAGAAUGCUUGGUGUAUUAAUUAAAAUUGAGAUGGUUCCUGGGAUUUGGUUAAACAUUUGGGUUAGUAUUUUAGGCUUGUAAUUAGAAUAGCUAUUCAUUUUAUACGUGAGGUAUUGUGUUAAAGAUUGCAGAGUAUGAUCACUGCUGGUCUGUCUUCUUGGCUUUAGCUAUCUCCGGCUACAAUUAAUCUCUUUCAGUCUUGGUCGUCAAUGCCAUAUCUUGGUUAACAUUGUUUUGGAAUGAUUAUGUCAGCUGGAAAUGUAAAGGGGUGGGCUUUUAUUCAAGUACACACACUUUGAAUCCUUUUUUCAAGUUUGAUUAUUUUGAAAUGUUGAUUCAUCCUUCUGUUGAUGGUUUUGGGUGCAUAUUAGGUGUGCUGCUUAUAAUUGUGUUUGGUUAUCUAAAUAUUUUCGGUACUUUUAACUUCUUGAUUUGUUACUAAUUACCCUGCCAGUCUGAGGGCUGGAGACAAUCCUCUUAAUAGAAAUUCUGUGUCUCUUUCCAUAGUUGCCCAAGUUGGAUUUAAAUUCAUACAGUUGCCAUAGCUGAUAUCCAAAUCUGUUGAUAAUCCAAAAGCAAUACAAAAAUACGAACUGGCUGUUACAAGUUGCCAAAUUGCAGCUACUAAUUCAGCAACUGCCAGCACAUUUUUUAAUUAAUAAGAGAAGCUUAUUAAUAUCUCAAUGCAUACAUUUUAAGCUAAAGAUAACUAGAAAAAUGCUUAUUGUGAUGUGUAUGGGUGUUUUGUUUUGAUGAUGGACUGCUUCUAUUCAUGAACUUGUAGAGUUUUAGGUUCUGGGCAUUUUGGACUUGUUAAAGAUCACCAGCAUUUGUUGGCUAUUAGUAAUGUAUCAACAUACACAAUAGAACCACCAAGUACAAGUUUCUUCAAAAACUAAGUGUAUGAUCCUUGCCAAGAUGUAUGUUAUUUGUAUAGGAGCCAAUGCCCAUUUGCCUUCCUUAGCAUAGUUUAGUUUAUCUGGAUACUUUUUUGCCUCAGUGGCAAUGCAGGUUGUCAUAAUGCACAGAUUAACAGUUAUGUAGUCGUAUUGAAUGUUGCAUUUUAUCAUGUGUAAGCUAUUGGUUGAAUAACACAGAAUACCUGAAAAAUUAUAGACUGAUUUUUUUUUUAGCAUUUCCAGAUUUAGUUAAUUUAGAAAAGCUGCUUCUCACAGCACUUUGGGUUCUGACUAACUAGUUGUCUUAAUGAAUGUCAUUGUCAAACAAUUAAAUCAUCAAUGCAUUGUUAUAGUCAUGUGGGUAAGGAUUUGCAAUGCAAUAUGCCCUCAACUUGUUAGAUUUAGCUGUGCCAAUUUGAGGAAAAAUCAGUUGAAGUCCAGCUAUUCUGCCGCAGGAAUGAGGUUUACACUGCAUACAGGUCAGUUUCAGAAUGGUGCUGGCAGCAACCUGGAAAGUCUUCUUUCUUCUUAACAACAAAAAGUGCUGCAUGUUGGCCAUUAAGUGAUAUUUGAAAUAUAUUUGGAAGUUAGGAUUUACACAAAUGAAAUACUGCAGAUGUUGGAGAUCUGAAAUAAAAAUUACACGCUGGAAAAACUUAGGCCUGGCUGAAAGAGGAACAGAGUUAAAAUUUUAAAUCCAGUAUGUUUUCUUCAGAACUUAGGAACAAUGUAAUGAUUUUAAUGCUGUCGAAAAGAAGGCGGGUGGAAGAUAAGGAUGGAAUUCUGUGGAACAGAAGAGAAUAUCAGGGAUAUUAAUUCUAGUUUUAUUGACAAAUUGAUAUUGCUGCCAUGAGUGGUUGAGCGGAGUUUGAACUGAUGUCAUGAACCAGUUAAUAGCUAGGAGCAUCUUGAGUGAGAAUCAGCAGUCAGUGAGAGCAGAGGAAGCUAUGAAGAUAACACAUGGGACAGUUGAAUUGACAGUUCAGAACACUAGACUUCUAAUAUGUGUUUCCAGGAAUUGAUGUAGCCUUUAAGAUUGGAUGAAAGACAAAGUAAUGCACUGGGUUGAAUUGUAGCCUCUAAUCUUGAAGCCUGGACUUCAGUCCACUGAGGCUGAAGAUCUGCUGGUCAGUGAAAGUCCAAUGUAAGAUAGGGUUGGUAAUUUGACUGAAUUUCUAGUAGGUAGUUUCAAAUGUGUGGAUUCGCAGCACAAAAUUGCCCCUACUGUAAUAGUAAUUGGCACUGUCAGUCACUGGCUGAUGUGAGAAAUAUAAAAUGUUACAUAAAUAUAGCCAGUGCUUUUGAAGUGUCUUUGGGUGAAAAUAAACAUUUCAGACACCGAGGGGGUCCUGUAUUCUGAAUCUAACUAUAUCGCACCUGACAUGGGAAUGCGUAAUAUUGGCACUGAGUAUCUAAAUUCGUAAUGUAUUAAAUAAUUUAGCAUCACAUCUUCAGCUUGCUAAAGUAUAAAACUCACUAAGUUAUGAAAAUGCUGUUUUUUUUUUACCUGAAGAUGAAAUGCCCUUCAGUUUAAUUAUGUAACAUAUUCAACAUUUCUUGAUUUAAGAAAUACAAUGGUUCAUUGUCUACUUACCAGGCAAAGCCUUUCCAAAGAGAUCUGUGCUACUACUAUGUGUACAAGUGUUCAAUUGUAAUUUGAAAUCUGUUAAGCAUUAGUAUUCAAACUUAAAGUUAUUGUCUUAGCCCCACAGUAUCAGUUCUGAGAACAUAUUUUAAAAUGUGUUGCAGAUGUGUUUUUAUUUGACUAUUGUCCUAAUUUUGUUUUGUGGUGCAAUAUUUGUAGAUGAAAUUUUUUCAGUUCUAUUAAUUUCUUUGUAAGAUUGGUUUAUAAAAGAAUUGUAUUUGAGCAUAAAUCAAAAUAUUUAAA